UUUGGCGAGGGCAGAGCUGCUCUCCAUUGAAGAAGAACUGAAGGGGCAUCAAACGCGCGCAGUGCCUUUGCAGCAAGCCAGUCCCAGCACGAGGGGGUCGAGGUAUCAGUUGUUGAGAUACGCAGAGCCGUCCGCUCCAUUAGGCUACUGACGGCGAUCCGCACAACACGGGAUCAGCCCUUCCCGGACUCCCAGUAGAUCUUCCCAGUUGGAGACCAGCUCCACCCACUCCAUCCAACAGCCAUGGCAGAUGACGCGGACAUGCGCAAUGAGCUGUCAGACAUGCAGCAGCGUGCUGACCAGCUGGCCGAUGAGUCACUGGAGAGCACCCGUCGUAUGCUGCAGCUGGUAGAGGAGAGUAAAGAUGCUGGUAUCAGGACUUUGGUUAUGCUGGAUGAGCAAGGAGAACAACUGGAGCGCAUCGAAGAGGGGAUGGACCAAAUCAAUAAGGACAUGAAGGAUGCAGAAAAGAAUUUGAACGAUCUAGGAAAAUUCUGUGGUCUUUGCUCCUGUCCAUGUAACAAAAUGAAGAGCGGAGGCAGCAAGGCCUGGGGCAACAACCAGGAUGGCGUGGUGAACAGCCAGCCUGCCCGUGUGGUGGAUGAGCGGGAACAGAUGGCCAUCAGCGGAGGCUUCAUCCGCAGGGUAACAGAUGAUGCCAGGGAAAAUGAGAUGGAUGAGAACUUGGAGCAGGUGGGAGGCAUCAUCGGUAACCUGCGCCACAUGGCCCUCGACAUGGGCAAUGAGAUUGACACCCAGAAUCGCCAGAUUGACAGGAUCAUGGACAAGGCUGAGUCCAACAAGACCAGGAUUGACGAAGCCAACCAGAGGGCCACAAAGAUGCUUGGCAGCGGCUAAGCGUCUCAACCGUCUGCUUUUACCAACCGUGCAGUUUGUCAAAAGGCACAAACAUGCUUUUAUCAUGGUAUUUACCUUCUAGGUUUGCACACAUGCACAUAUCACCUCCCCCCCCCAUUGUAAAUGUUGUUCUGUGUGCUGUCUGUCUGCUUUUUCAAUGAUUGUCCUCGUAAAUGAUUUCUUAUACUCCGUAUCAUUCUUUCCAAAGGUUGUAUAUAGUGCUGACUCGAUGGCUCUAGCUCACUUGUGAAGUUUUUAUUCUCUUUAUCACCUAUAUACAUAUAUGUAUGUAUGUAUACACAUGUAUGCUUAUAUGUGUGUACAUAUGCAUAUAUAUAUCGCCUCUUUGCUGGAUGAACUAUAUAAUAGGAAUGCUAUACAAGCUGUCUUUCCUUUUCAGUAUCUCAGUAUCGUCUUAGUAAAACUGUGUCAUUCCAUUAGGCUACUGUCAUGCUCCUUAUUUUGAUGUUGUCAUGACAAAUGAUGAAGGGGUAAAAGAUGACUAAUUAUAUGAUGAUGCUGAUACCAAUACAAAAAGCACUUACAAUAUCUGUCCUUGGUUCAUUUCCCUCAUCACACCCAUAAUCAGUUACUGUUUAGACAAUGUGCAACUAGAUUCUGUAGCUGUAAUAGACAUUGCAUUCCAAGUGAUGUGAAUUGUGCGUUAUGCAUGACAAAUGGUAGAUUUUAGAGUCUUAUAAAUAAAACUUGUUUUAAAAAUAUGAAAAAAAAAAAAUCAUGGCAGUAGCAAAAAUCGACAAACGCAUGCUCAGUAUUAGGACACAGUUGAACGUUCCAUAUUCCUGCAAGUUUGCAAUAGUGCAACUCUCUCUGUCAAUAUAUAUUUACAGACUGUGACCAUCGUUGUAAAAUAAUGCAAAAUGAAGAAAUGUAACGGAGAUGACAAAAAGUGGUGGUUCUGCAAAAAUGACCUGUUUUCUAAAUGAUUAUGCAGCUCAGUGAAGAUAUUGACUUAAGUGCUGAACGGUGGGGACUGGUUGUUUACUGUAUCAUAGGUUUUGGAUGCUCUGAAAAAAAAAAUUAAAUAAAUAAACGUUUGCAAUGUAAAGCAAAGACGCAUAUUUCUGAGAGACCUUACUUUUUUAAGAAGACUGUAUCCUGUUAGUUUUCUUUCCCCGUGUGGUUUGUUAUUGGUAAAAAAUGAUAAUAAUCCAUAAAAAAAAAAAUUACAAGAGAUUUUUUUUGUUGCUUCUGUACUUAGAGCUAUGCACACCAAAUCGCUGAGAUGUUGAAUAGUCACGAAGACAAAUAAAUACCUUACCUGAAUGACACAUAAGUUAAACUGUGAGAUUGAUGUCCUCGAAGCAUGUAAUAUUAAAAACUCCCUCUGUAUCCUGUCAGUCUGUGAAGUGGUUGACAUUUUGUAGCUAGCUGAAUUGAUUAAAAGUAAUAUAACCCCUCCUCA